AUGGAGCUUAACAGAUUCAACAAUACAUUGUCCGUACCAGCACAUACAGAAGUCGUUUUCUGUAGCAACUCAUUGAAAUUUGAUUCUAGGAAUAAUCAACAUACAUCGGUAGACCAAAAAGAAGUCAAUCGAUUUGGUCUUACAAUUUUUAAACAAAUCUAUUGGACAGACAUGCAAGUUUAUUUACAUCCAGUUUCUUCUUACUGGUGUCUUUUAAAUCCUUCUGAAGGAUUAAAGAGAUCGAGGAAGGAUGAGCGCUAUGAUCAUAUACAGCUGCAAGAUCAUAAUAUUAUUUUGGCAUUUGGUUCUUUAAUUUCACCUCAGCAAUUUAAGUGUGUUGCAACCAAAUUUCAAUUUGAAAAACAAUCAAAUUCAGACGGAAGCCUAUAUUUCGCAAAAUAUAAUUCGUUUAUCAGCAUUCACAUCGAACAUGUGAAAUUUCAACUAAAACGAGAUCAUAUUGAUAAUCAUCGUGGUGUUAUCAUUGAUGUAAAAUCUAGUAGCCAUUUCAUCAUGCACAUUUGUUUGAAAGGCAAUCUUGAAGAGUAUGCAUGUCAAGAUGAAGAAGCUGUCAAAGAUUACAAGCGUCAAUUUUGUCUGCAUACUGCACGUGGUCAACAAUGGCAGCCAAGCUUUUCAACCAUGCGUUUGUCGAUUAAUAAUAUACAGACAAAUGAUGAUUCAGUUCAUAAUGCUCUAAGUUAUUUUAUUCAAUUUUUCACUUGCCAUUCCAUUCCGAUACAUUUUGGAUCAAUUAAUUUUUCGAAUAAGAACUCUAUUUAUAGAAAUAAUUUAUUGAGAUUUAAGCAUACUUUUAUUUUUGAAUAUGCCUUGGACAUGCUAACUAGUGUCGGAUGUCAAAUAUAUGAACAAAUAGUGAACAAUCAGCGAUUGGUUAAGUAUAUCAAAGAAUUGUUAAACGACAACUACAGUGAUAGUGGUGCUUAUUAUAUCUUUGAACGACUGCGACGAUUUGUAUUGUCGUCUGAAAGUUAUUUUCCUGAGCUUGCAAAUGAAUGGUCGACUAUUAGGAAUCGCUACAGUACUUUUUAUCUCGGAAGUACUUUUUAUCGAAUUGAUAAUGCCUGGGAAAAUUAUGUUCGGAUUCCAUGGUUUUGCCUGACACCGACACGCCGAAUAGUCAAGCCGUUUAAAUUUAUGCAAUCCAAUCGUGUAUUCCGAUAUAUAUCUAAUGUGCAUGAUUCUAUGGCUAUUGUAGAAUUUCGUGAUGAUACUGGAUCAGCGUAUUUAGGCCAAGAACUUGUUUCUUUUUUGGAACAUUAUCUGACAAAUGGGUUUUGGUUUGGUGACCGUCACUAUAUUCAUUUACAUCAUGCGCAAUCGAAAAUAAGACAGAAACAGUUCUAUUUUUAUUGUGAAGCAGAAGGUAAAAUGACUCGUGAAAAACUUGAAAGUUGGAUGGGUAAUUUUGAUGACGAACGAUUACCAGCGAAGAAUACUGCUCGACGAACGCAACCAUUUUCUAGUACAGAAGCUACCAUCGAAAUUGAUAAAAAGUUCGUUGCUUCUAUCCGAGAUUUCAAGACAGAAGAUAACAAAUACAACUUUACCGAUGGUGUUGGACAAAUUUCCUCAGAAUUGAAUUUAUUAAUUCACAAAUCAAUCGGUGUAGAUGUUGAUGGUGGCGGCUAUGUUUCUAGCGUUCUUCAAAUUCGUUAUGCCGGUUGCAAAGGCACUGUUACUGUUAAUCCAUUGUUGGAUGGUGAAACAAAACAAUUGUUAAUUCGGCCAAGCAUGAAUAAAUUUAAGUGUGAUCAUCAAAUGCUUGAAUUGUGCAAACGUUCACUUAGACGUAAUUUAUGCCUUAAUCGUCAAGUGAUUAAUUUACUUUCACACCGUAAUAUAUCGAAUUCGCGCAUUCUUGUUCUCCAACUUCAAAACAUAUUAUGGUUGAUAAAGUCUCUUGUUUCAAAUCAAUCAGCUGUCAGUUUACUACGAGAAAAAAUCCUGUCCAUUUUACCAUGGUCAGAAAUUUCUGCUCAUCUUCUUUUAUGUAAAGAACCGUUUUUUCGUCGUCUUCUUCUUGUGGCUAUUUCAAACAAUCUUAAUCAAAUUGUAACACGAGCUCAUAUUCGUGUUCCAAAAGCUCGUUAUAUGUUCGGAGUUGUCGAUGAAUGCGAAGUGCUCAACGAAGGACAAGUUUUUGUUCAAAUCACUCAUGAAGAUGGAACGAAAACUGUUUUAGAAGGAUCUGUUGCAAUUACGAAAAACCCUUGUCAUCAUCCAGGAGACUUGAGAGCUCUGCAAGCUGUUAAUCAUGAACGUCUUCAUCAUCUUUAUGAUGUAGUUGUCUUUCCGAAGCGUGGCCUACGACCACAUCCAAGUGAAAUAUCUGGAUCGGAUCUUGAUGGAGAUGAAUACACUGUCAUUUGGGACCCUGAACUGGUACCAAUUUCACCAAAUCCAAUUCCUUACGAAUAUGAUGCUGGACAGAGCCCCAAACCUCUUAAUCGUAUUGUCACACGUGAUGAUCGAAUCAAGGUACUUUUAGAUAUUUGCGAACAAGAUAAUCUUGGCCUGUUGAGUAAUCUUCACCUUAUUUUUGUCGAUAAGUUUGGUAUCGAUAGUGAAGAAGCUACUAAUUUAGCUGCUGCGAUCAGCGAAGAGUUGGACAGCGUAAAAUCAGGUCAACAUCCAUAUACACCACAACAAAUAAGGGAACUUUUGGAUAAAGCAGGUAAAAGCCGACCUGAUUUUAUGCAAGCAUGUAACUAUGAACAGUAUCCAUCACAAAAAAUACUUGGAAAACUCUUUCGAAGCGCUCGUUCUUUGAGUGAUAGUUUCAACAAUGUUUUUCCCAAUCGUCAAAAUACUAAUGAUGAAAUUCUUCUUGAUAAUGCUCUUCUUCACAAUGGUUAUCAAGAAUAUGUUGAUGCUGCUCGAUCUCUUUAUGGACGAUAUCAAUAUGAAAUGUUCGAAAUUAUUGGUUCCUAUGGGUUUUCAAAUGAAAUUGACCUUUUUUGUUGUAUUGAUUCAUGCGAAAUGAAGGCUAAUGAGCGAAGUGACAUACAACAAACAGCACAAAAACUACUGAAAGCCGUCUUUCGAGAUAUUCGACAGAGCUUUUUUGAUGAUAUCGAUUCAUUUCAAAACUCAAAAGCAAAAGCAUCUGCUUGCUAUUAUGUGGCAUAUACAGAUAAAAGCUCCAAAGAGCAGCGCAUGUUAAGUUUUCCAUGGCUCUUUGCUUCUCAACUUCUUGCCAAUGAUACAAGUAUGUUGGAAAAUCCGCUCAGUCUUGAUUCGUAUUGGCAAUGCUGCUUGAAAAAACAAUUCCCAUCAAUACGAAAUCUACGUCCGAACGAUAACCAAUUUAUGUUUAUGGAACUCUUUGAUAUGUAUAGUAAAAAUGCUUCUAAUACGAACGACGAACAAAUGAUUAAUAAUGCCGAAAUACUUAUCAAAAAUUUGAUCACAGCUGCAAAAUUUAUACAUUCGAACUAA